GUGAGUGUUAUUCAUAUUUUAAAUCAUGGAUUUAUUAACUAUUUUUCUUAUUUUUCUUAUUGGAAUAAUUUUCUAUUAUUUUAAUAAGAAAAAAAAUAUUUUUGACGAAUUAGAUAUUCCAUACGUACAACCGAAACCGUUUUUUGGAAAUGUAAUACCUUGCAUAUUACAAAAAUUAAAUUACAUUGAACUCGUUACUAAAUUGUAUAAUACUUUUCCAAAAGUGAAAUAUUUCGGUAUGUUUGAUUUUCAAACACCAGUGAUUGUGAUUCGUGAUCCAGAAAUCAUUAAAUUAAUUGGAAUAAAAAAUUUUGAAUCAUUUACUGAUCAUCGGGGUUUUACUAAUGAAUCGAUCGAUCCUAUUUUUGGAAGAUCUCUAUUUUCAUUGAAAGGCGAUCAAUGGAGAGAAAUGAGAACAAUACUGAGUCCUUCUUUUACAUCGAGUAAAAUGAAAAUGAUGUUUAAUUUAACAACAAAUUGUGCACAAAAUUUUACAAAGUCAUUAAUUGAAAAAUCCAAGGAUUUAGAUUACAUGGUGAAUCUUAAAGAUGUCUUUACGAGAGUUAGUGCAGAUGUGAUUUCAACAUGUGCCUUUGGUGUAAAUAUUGACUCAAUGAAGGAUCCGAAAAAUAAUUUAUAUGUCAUUGGUCGAGAAGCAACAAAUUUUGAUGGUAUACUUUCACUUAAAUUUCUUCUCAUUCGAAAUUUUAAAAUGAUAUCUAAACUUUUUCGAAUAACGAUUUUUAAUUCAAAAGUAAAUCGUUUUUUUACCGAUGUAAUAAAUUCAAAUAUUACAAUCAGAAGAGAAAAGGGGAUCAAUCGACAAGAUUUUCUUCAAUGGAUGAUGGAAUUUCAAGAUAAGAAUAAUGAAAAUCGAAAAUUGAGUCUUGAAGAAAUUGUUGCUAAUGUUGUACUUUUCUUCGUUGGUGGUUUAGAUGCUAUUUCUUCAACCUUAUCAUUUGCUCUUCAUGAAAUAGCUGUCAAUCCAAAUGUGCAAAAAAAAUUGCAACAAGAUAUUGAUGAUAUUUUAGAAAAUUCCCAAGGACAACCAACAUAUCAGGACAUAAUGAAUAUGCCAUAUAUGAAUGCGGUAGUUAAUGAAAUUUUGAGACUUUAUCCAAUCGGACAGGUUGAAAGAAUAUGCAACCGCAAAUUUCAACUUCCUCCAAUAUCAUCUGAAAAAGAACCAAUCAUAGUAUAUCCAGGAAUGUCAAUUUCGUUUCCUAUGUUUGCUAUUCAUCGUGAUCCUCAAUAUUUUGAAAAUCCAGAAAAAUUCGAUCCAGAGAGAUUUUUGAACGAGAAGAGAGUCAAUGCAGCAACUUUUUUUCCAUUUGGUGUAGGACCGCGAAUUUGUAUCGGAAAUCGUUUUGCUCUAAUGGAGAUUAAAAUUGUGUUAUUUCAUCUUUUGGCAUGUUUAAAUUUUAAACCUUGUUGCAAAACAUCUGUACCAAUAAUGUUUAAAAAAAAUUGUUUUCUUUUAUUACCUCAAGGUGGGUUUUGGUUGAAGAUUGAGGAAAGGAACUCGAAGGAAUAGUUUUUUGUAAUAACUAAAAAAAAUUUUGAUAAACAAUUUAAAAAAUUAAUUUUUUAAUUAAAAAUUAUAUAUUUAUUGCUGACGACAUUACAAUCUUUUCCCGUUUCUAUCAUUGUAAUAUGUAUUUAUCACAAUUUUUAUAAAAUUAUCAUCAAUGAGUUCUUAAGGUUAACGAUGAUAUUUUUAGGUUAAAGGUUAAUUACUUAUAAGACAAAUAAACAAAUGUAGUGCAUUUGUUUUAAUAUCAUUUUUAAGAUUUGUUAAUUAAACAUUGCAAAAGUAAGCGAAAUGUAUAAUUUUAGAAUUAAAAAUAUUUAAUUCAUUAAUCCGACGAUAUGAAUUAAUUAAGGGAUGAAAAGCACU